AUGGAAUCCCAAGUUUCUCAUUAUACUCGACAGAUAUUGCAAGGUCUGAAGUAUCUUCAUGGUUUUAAUGUGAUUCAUAGAGAUCUUAAAUGUGCAAACAUACUGGUGACCGAAUUUGGAAACAUAAAACUUGCUGAUUUUGGUCUGUCGAAAUGUAUGGAAGAUGGUCAGUCUUUGAAGCCUGGCUCGAGAAGUUCAUUAUGGAUGGCUCCGGAAGUUGCUAAUCCUAAAAGUGGCAGGUAUGAUUUUCGAGCUGAUACAUGGAGCCUUGGAUGCGUUGUGGUGGAAAUGUCGACCCGAAAGUCUCCACAGUAUAAUGCUAGCAAUACCUUGGCCUUAGAACGUGCAAUUAGAAAGGGCACAGGACCUAUUAGUCCUGAUUCUCUCUCACAAACUUCGAAGGACUUCAUCAAAAAAUGCCUGCAGCCAGAUCCAAAUAAGCGUCCAACUGCUGCCGAGCUUUUAGCUCAUCCUUUCGUGAAUGAAUCAUCUUGCACGCAACCUGAUCUUCGCGAAUUGCUUUUUGAUGAAUCUGUACUCCGUGCUGUUGAACAUUCCCAGCUGUACUCAAUGAUAGAUCUUAAAUGUGCAAACAUAUUGGUGACCGAAUCUGGAAACAUAAAACUUGCUGGUUUUGGUUUGUCUAUUAUGGAAGAUAGCCAGUCUUUGAAGCCUGGCACGAGAAGUUCAUAUUGGAUGGCUCCGGAAAUUGCUAAUCGUAGAAGUGGAAGAUGGAUCAUAAAUUUUAUUUGGAGAGCGUGCCUCAAUGUCCUUCUCGCCAAGGAUAACUUGGAAAAGAGAGGAGUGCAGGUUAAGAAUGUGACGGGAACACCAGCCCUGGAGAUUGAGGUCAAUAUGGAACCACGGCGAGCCACCAAAACUGGAACCCACCUGCUGCCGCCUGAUACUCAACAAAGAACAUCAAAAUUCUUUGGUGUGUCCUCCCCAUCUGAUAUCGGUGAAGCUCUACUACAAUGGGAAGUGCCCGUUUCAGCAGCUGCGUGCAGAUUGCUUAGGCCCCAAGGAGGAACAUCCCGCACUUGCAAUCUUUCUUCAAUGAUUUGCAAGGGAACUGAUGCCAAUCAGCAUUUACUUUCCACCAUCCAUGCCAAGAGCUACUUCAAGAAAUAUGUAUGA